AGGUCUGCGUAGCAGAGAAUGUACCGAUAUGAUGUGCUAUUAGUCGACAUACGAUUAAAAGUUUAACUGCCUCCCCACAAUGUCAGAAAUCACGGAUAUAAGUCGAGAACCAUUCGAAAGUCAUUAUGUGAUACAGAAAGAAUUGGGCAGGGGUAAAUUUGCAACGGUUUAUCAAUGCGAGAAGCAUACGACCAAAGAGCUGUACGCAGCUAAAAUCAUCCAGACAAAAAGUCAGAAGAACAUGGAAGAAAGUUUAAACGAGGUUGAGAUUCUCAGAUCUGCGAACCACAUUGGAAUCGUGAAAUGUUACGACGUUUUUCAGAGCAAGAAUUCUCUUACCAUGAUCUUAGAAUUGAUAGGUGGGGGCGAGUUGUUCGAGAAGUUAGCAAACGAAGAUCACGUGUCCGAAGGACAAGCUGCCAGCUACACCAAACAAACUCUGGAGGCUUUGGAACACCUUCACUCCUUGAAGAUUGCUCACCUUGAUCUCAAGCCUGAGAAUUUGAUGCUGAGUGCAGCGGAUUCUGACGUCAUAAAAAUAGUGGACUUUGGUCUCUCAAAGAGAAUCAACAAAAGGGUGGUUUGCAUGCAGGGAACCCCUGAGUUUGUCCCCCCCGAGGUCAUAUCCCUGGACCCAUUAGGACCUUACUCCGACAUGUGGUCAGUAGGAGUGAUAGUUUACAUCAUGGUUAGCGGCUACUCACCUUUCAUGGGAGACGACGACAACCAGACCUACGGGAACAUAUCCAUGUGUGACUACGAGUUUUACGAGGAGGAGUUCGCCAACAUCAGCGAGGAUUGCAAAGACUUCAUCAAGAACCUCCUCGUGAUCCGAACAUCCGAGCGUCUUCCUGCUACCUCAGCACUCAACCACAAUUGGAUUAUUAACAGAAGCCAGAACAAGAACACGAUAGAGCACCAGAAGCUGAAACGCUUCCUCGCUCAACGAAAAUGGAGGGCACUUCAGAAAACAAUACAAUCUGCCCGAAUGUUUAACUCUCUGCUGGGUUCUAAGAAGCACCAAUCUACGAUAAGCCCUCCAAGCGUUGCGAUGGAUCACCGGAAGCUGAUGGUGGCUCCUGGAGAUAGUAUCAGUAUCACGGCCCACUUGGUGUCCGUGAAACCGACCUGCUCCUGGAGCAAGGACGGUACUCUUCUUACUGUUGACAAGCAGAAAAUCUGCGUGAUUGAAUCAGACACUCAGAGUAUCCUGAUCGUGUCUCAGUUCAGUGCUUCAGACGAGGGCCACUACACUGUCGCUUGCUCCAACCCGUCAGGGGCCACAGCCACGGCAACUAUCCAGCUCAUCACCCUCGCUCCCACAGCACCCUGUGUGUCCUUCGAGAAGCGAGAGUUCAUUACUAACGAGGGGGAUACAGUUAAACUGAUGGCUGACAUUGUCUCAGAGCCCAAACCUACCGUCGUCUGGGAAAACAAAAGCAAGAAAGACGUCGCUAAGUCUAAAUCUCGGUUCACGCAAGUUGAAGACAAAUGCUACGCGGAAUUGACUAUCACGAAGGCCAAGUUGAGCGACGCGGGUAACUAUACGAUAAAGGCCAGGAACAAGCUUGGUCGUGGAGCCGCUUCUGUGCAGCUCAAAGUUCUACCGAGAAAGGAUACAGCCGAAAGGUCUAAUUCAAUAGCCUCUGAAGGAAGUCCAACUGAAAUACAGCCUCCCAUUAAACUUUCAGAUUCAGCGAAACCUAAGGCUGAGUCUGAAGGUAAAGCUGAAAAGACUCAGCCAGAGGUUUUGGCAGAUGUCCAAAAAUCUUCUUUGCCUGAUUCUAAAAUCAUCUCUGAACAGAAGAAGGAAGAUCCAAAGGUUACUAAGUCUGAAGAACUUGUUGAACCAAAAGAGGAGCUAGCCAAACCCAAAGAAGAACCAUCUAAACCCAAAGAAGAUAUACCAAAACGUGAAGAAGAACCUUCAAAGCCAAUAGAACUACCUCCUAAGCCUAAAGAAGAACCUCCAAAAACAGCAGAACCCCAGAAAGAACCAGUGAAACCAGUUGAGCCAGCGAAACUUGUUGAACCAGUGGAAUCUGUUAAACCUGUUGAGCCAGUAAAACCAGUCGAACCAGUUGAACCAGUUGAACCAGUGAAACCGGUUGAAACCGUUAAACCUAUUGAACCAGUGAAAUCAGUUGAACCAGUGAAACCUGUUCAACCUGUUGAACCAGUGAAACAUGUUGAACCAGUGAAACCUGUUGAACCAGUGAGACCUGUUGAACCAGUGAAACCCGUUGAACCAGUGAAACCUGUUAAACCCGUUGAACCAGUAAAACCUGUUGAACCAGCGAAAUCAGUUGAACCAGUGAAACCUGUUGAACCCGUUGAACCAGUAAAACCUGUUGAAUCAGUGAAAUCAGUUGAACCAGUGAAACCUGUUGAGCCAGCGAAACCCGUUGAAACCGUUGAACCAGUGAUCUCUGUUGAACCAGUCGAGCCAGCGAAACCAGUUGAACUAGUGAAACCUGCUGCAACAGUGAAACCAGUUGAAACCGUUGAACCAGUAAAAGCCGUUGAACCAGUAAAACCUGUUGUACCAGUUAAACCGUUGGAAGACCCAGUUAAGCCAGUGAUACAGGCAAAUGGAGAGCCAGACAAACCUCAUCAAGAAACAACUGAAACAGAUUCUAAAAUUCAAGCACAGAAACCUAUCGUCGAGGCAGCUAAGUCGGAGGAAAAACCCAAAGGCCAAAAGAAAGAAUCGUAUUCCAAAUUAUUUGGUAAAUCUGUUAAGCCUGCCAUGAUUAAUAUGGGUUUGCCUAAAUCAAAGUCUUCCAAGGAGAAAGUUGAAAAUCCUAUUCCGGAAAAAAAUCACGCGGAUCCAGCACCUGCAGCAAAUUCACCGAAAUUAGAGCAGAAGAAGAAAUCAGAUCUCCUUAAAAAGAAAGUCCUACCUCCCAUGAUAGAUCUAAGCACAGGCAAAAUCAAAUCCAAAGCUCAAGCACCAAAAGUAGCAUCUAGGAAAAACUCGGUGGAUCCGGAAAAAGCACCUACAAACGGGCCGUGUUCUAGUGAAGAUGAGAACGCAAAGAAAGGUAAAAAGCUUAAACUGGAGCAUGCCCAUUCUCUAGACGAUAAAGCCCUUCACGAUGUCCCGGAUCUGUCCCGCACCCACGAGCCUAUCCGAACCCGUUCUUCUAGCAUGGCUGCUGUAACAGCAGCAAAAGGCAUGACAAACAAAAAAAGAGAUUGCAAAGUGAUGUGAGUCGUGUGAAGAGUGAUCAGCGUGACAAACGUGCGGUUCCACCGACUAAAAACAUGAAAAGUAGUGUACUGGGGAAAGUGUGAUGAGUGUCGUGUAUAGAAACAGAAUACGUCUGUUCUGCAACCCAAUCAGUUAUGGUUGUGAGCUCAAGACCACAAUUUUCUUCGUUCAGAUCUUGUGUGUGUGACCAGCGAAUGAUCAGUUUUUGUUUUAAACGUGCCGUGAGCUCGGAGUCUAUGUCACUCUAAUAUCGAGUUAUUGUUAGGAGUAGGAUCGAGUCUCAUGAAGGCAAAGCUUAAUUGAACUCAAUUAAAAUGAUCAGACCAAGAUGUUUGAAAAUAAUACUGCCUGUCUGCCUCAUGCAUUCCUUAGAAUUUCCAGUCUGAAACAGUAAUUGACUCAGUGAGAAGUAUGCUGAAAAAUAAGCUGUAGGAGCAAAGAUGUCACAUUACCUUGGCUCAUUAAAGAGAUCCGGAUACUGUGUGAUAUUGAGUUUAGAUAUUUAUACUUAGAGGGCAAAAUUUAAUAUAAGUUGUUAGAUAUUUUUAUUUUCACUUAACGAAUAAAUUAAUGUUUUAGGAAAGACGUUAGACAAGUAAGCCGGCAGCGACCUUGACUUUGAGUCAAUUAUUGAUAGCUAAAGUUCUAAGCCUUUUUAGAAUUUCAAGGGAUUUCGCUAUUAUUGAUCUGCGCCGUCUUUGAUACGUAUAAAGUAAGUGAAUGUAUGAAAUUACAUGACAGUUAAUUUCAUCUUGUUUGUAUAAAA